GAAGUCAGAACAGAAGACCUCCAGCCAUCAAAAUGAUCAAAGCCAGCACAGCCAUUCUCCUUUUGGGCCUUGCGGCUCUUAGCAGCGCUGAGCCCUUGCGCCGCAGAUUCUCCGCUCGCCAGGUGGAGGCUCCUGCCAGUCCAGCGCCUACGGGUUACCCAGCGGCUGGCGUCACACCCAGUGUACCCUUCGAUCUACCUAGUUCGACGGCAAAGCCAGAAAGCACUUAUCUGCCACCGGAUAACACCUAUGGUCCUCCGGACAACACCUACGGCCCACCAGAUAACACAUACGGACCUCCGGAUAACGCUGAUCUUCCAGAGGAAGACAUCAAUGAGCCAGUGCCAGUCGAAGCCGAGGAACCCACCGACGACAUUCCGCCCACGGAUGAGGAGCCACUGCCUGCUGAGGAUGCCAAACUACUCCCAGAGGAAGACGAGCCCCAGGUGGUCCAGGUCCAGGAAGAUGGUUCUGUCAUUGUAGUGGCCAGCAGUCUGGACGUGCCUCAGUCAGCCCGUUUCUACCAGCGUUUCCCCCAAGGACGACGCCGUGAACUGCCUGUUCCCCAGCGCCUGAUCCUUCGACGCAACUGGUAG